AUGGCUUGUACUGCCGAGGGUCGCAGCGCUAAUGGAAGGAGCUGCCGCCACACGCCCGCAGCCAACUUGCCCGUUCGCCUCGUGCGCGAGAGUGAAGCCCCCGGCACGACCAGCAGCCCGGCGGAAAUGACGAGGGGCCUCCUGCCACCCAAAAUAUCUCUCCGCAGCCCUCGGGUGCGGGGCGCGCGCACCACGAGCCCCCCGCCCGCUCGCUGCCGCGCGGUCCCGCCCCCGGGGCCGACGGCAGCCGCGCCAGGCGCCGGGCCGCCCCGGGACGGAGGCGGGCGAGGAGCGCGUGCGCGGCGGCGGCGGCCGUGGCGGCGGCCCGGGUUCCAACCUCGGGUCGGUCGGUCAGCCAGUCAGCCAGUCAGUCAGUCAGUCAGGUGCCGGCGGCGGGAGUGCGGCUCCGAAGGGCCUCUGAGCGGACGUGGCGGCGGCGGGACGGGCUGCCCACCAGUUGAGCGCCGAAUGCUGAGGCAGCUGAGGAGGAAGAUUGGAAAAUUAAGGAUGCUCAUACCAAGUGGAAAAAAUCAUUUAUUCCCACUGACCAAGAACUGUAUCCAGAAAGAGAGAGAGGCAUGCCAAAUCUAAUGGAUUCCACUUUUCGCUGUGUAAAUAAGACAGCGUCGUGCCCAGAGUUCCUCUCCUCCAGAGGUAGAAAUAUCCGAGAAAUAAUAAGGAAGACGGUGAAGGAGUAACACGUGGAGAUCACCUUCCUCUCCACAAAUACAUCAAAAAUACAUCUACAUGUGGAACAACUCCUACAGAGCACCUACUGAAUGCUGGCAGAAGACCUCAGACUUCCCAAAAGGCAAGAAACUCCCCACAUACCUGGG